GUUUGGAAAGUGUCAACACAUCGUUUCAAAGUCAAUCUCCUAUUGUUUUGUGAAUCAAUUGAUUUGUAAACAAAGCAAUCGUUUUGCGAAACCAUUUAAUUGUAUUUAAUUGUCAACUGAUUGUCACAAUACAUACCAAACGAGAUGCCAGUCGUUGGAGAAAUCGGUUUCGCGACUCUUCCGGAACACGUGCACAGAAAGUCGGCCAAAAAGGGCUUUGACUUCACUAUUAUGGUCGUCGGCGAGUCAGGUCUGGGCAAAUCAACUCUCAUCAAUUGUCUAUUUCUGGCCGAUCUCUACAAACAACGCAAACAGUUAAAUGUGGACAAACUGUUGGACCGAACGGUUGUGAUCGAUAAGAAACAGUUGGACAUCAUUGAGAAGGGCAUCAAAUUGCGGGUCACUAUUGUGGACACUCCCGGCUAUGGAGACUCACUCGAUCUCAACGACAGCUUUCAAUCGGUUGAACAG